AUGGCUUCGCCCGCCGUCGCCGCCCCCCAGGCGAACGGCGUCACGACAUUGUCGCGGCCACAAUCCCCUGCGUCCGUUACCACAGCCAAGCGGAAACGCGACGUCGACGAUGACAGCGGCCCAGAACUCAAUGGUUCUGACACCGACGGCUCUAAACCAACCGUCAAUGGCCUGCACACGGUCCGCGAUAGCAAAGUACUCAUCUCUGACUUUUUUACCACUCUACAAAGUUUCGAUAUAGGCAGCCAUCCUAUUCUCAAGCGCCCUUUACUUGAGUCUCACUCCGACGACGACCCUUCGCCGCCAAAGAAACCCAAAUCCGAAGACGGAAGCGCGCAACCCAGCAUCGCCGACAAGAUCAGCCAGAAUGCCUAUAACACUGUGGACGAGCUCGUUUCCGACGUUGUCGGAGCAGCAAAGGCACAACUCGCCGAACUUGAAUCUGCGAGUUCCGAGUCCGACGACGGCUCAACCGACGAGGCCAUCGCGCAAACCGCAGCCUUCCGGACCAAGGCGUUGGAGCUGUACAGGCGGGAGAUGGCAUACCCCCAUGUUCCUCGACAUGUGGCCCCGAAACCAGACCUGAAGGAAGCAAUGAAUGGCGGCAUGGGUGGGCUUGUCCUGACUACUGUUGGCGCCGCACCAACAGUCAGGCCUCUGUUCACCAGCCUUCAACGAGCGACAGCUCCCGGCGGGGUUGCAAAGUCACUUCCGGAGGGAUCGUUGCCGCAUGGCGUGACGGCCACGCGUAUACUGCCCGAGUUCACGGCAACAACCGACAAAAACACUCGUUCUUUGACCCUAGGAGAGCUCUUCCCCUCUCCCCGAAAUCUGCCCCCGCUGCAGCCUCCCAAGGCGCCAAAGAAUAUCACCAAGGGCAACGUCCUAACUUUCUACCACCCAGAGCUUACCGAAAAGUCCAGGUAUCGGAGCGGCACAUACUUUACACAAAAUCUUGCUACAGGGCAUUGGCUAGAUUACAGUAACGCAACACCGACCACCCAUGCCCGGUCGAAACAACGAGAGCGAGCCCAGAGUUUGGCGGGUCACCGGCCGUCUUCUACUGAGCUCGAAAUUUCGGAGAUGGAAGCAAUGUUUCGCGGCGCAUUCUCCAGUUUUGCCCCAUGCAAAGAUGACUCGGCUGCCAUCAUCCCUUCUGGUCAACUUGGCCGCAUAUGGUGGCAACGUAUCGGGCGGAGGAAUUUCGAAAAGCUUGUCGAUGUGGAUGGUCCGGAAGAUGGAAAUGUCGACACGACUAUGACUGGUACGGAUGAGGAUGUCGAGAUUGACGAGGAGCUCGUCAAGUCCGCCAUCGAAAAUUGGGAUGACAACCUGGUUGACCCUAGCUUGGAGGAGCUCUUGGGUAAAAAGUCCACUGAAGAAAAGGAGAUGGAUGACAUGCUCGAAGAGGUGUCGGAUCUGAUCGAGACUUUGGCAUCCUAUCAGCGUAACAGGAAUCUCACGCUCCCUACCAGCCAGGAUCGGUAUUCGGCAGAUCCUGUCAACGCGGAUAUGCUUCGCAAUGGCAACCUGUCUCACCAACCCAGCGAGGAGGAAAUGAUGACGUAUCAAGCACUGAAAGCUCAGCUUUCCAGCAUUGUUCAGACCUUGCCGCCAUAUGCGGUAGCUCGGCUCAAUGCUGAUAAGCUUGGGGAGCUUAAUGUGAGCACAAAGAUUGAAAUUCGCACGGACGAAUACAAGGGUGUUAUGGAGGAGGAUGAACAGGCUCGUCUUGCCAGGCAGGCUGCGGCAACAGCCGCAACCACAAAUCAGCGGCAGCAGCAGAGGGGUAGCGUUUCCGGCCCGGGCCAGUUCGCCCAUCAGUAUCCCGGUCAGUUCACACCUUCGGCCCGCCCGAUCGCAAAUGCCCAGCAUUUCCCCCAAACCCCAGGCCGCCCUAACCCGCCCAUGUACCAACAACGGCCACCCUCGGCGGUACCCAUCCCCCAGGUGCUUCCCCAAAGUCAACAACGUGCGCCUCCUCCUCCAGCAUCCUACCGACCGCCGACCAACUACGGAUAUGCGCCGCAGCUGGCAAAGGCGCCUGCCCCUUACGGACAACAUAACGUGCCCGGUGGCUAUGCGCCGAGCCCACCUCAACCUCGUAUGGCGCCGCACCCCGGCCCCGGUUACAAUAUGGCGCCGGCCGGCCCCCCGGGUCAGCGGUACCCACCUGGAUAUCCGGGGCCCCAGGGCUACCCACAGCACCAGCCCAUGCACCCCCAACAUGUUCAACAUCCUGGACCCCCGCAACAUCCUUCUCCCCACAUGCAACAGCAUCCACAACAACCGGGGUUUGCGCCGCCUUAUACUAAUGGUGCACCCAUGCCCCGGGCUAUCACUCCACAAGUCCCACCCCAGACGCCGCACCACUAUGGCCCAACUCCCACCCCAACACCGCCGCCGCCGCCGCCGGGACCACCGCAACAGCACCAGCAGAUGCAACGUGGACCCUAUGGAACCCCCGGGCAGAGUAUGCCGCCUCAAAACAUGCAACCCAACAACAUGCAGCGUCAGUAUGGAGCCGGAUCUCCUCCUAUGAUGCCGGCGCCGCAGAACAUGAACCGGACACCCAGCCUAACCGGCUACGCGACCGUGAUGCCCGAGGUACAACAGCGCCAGGUGAUGGAACAGGCGAGGGCGAGGGCAGAUGCGGAACAGCGUGCUAGUGGACACAUGGGCAAGGUCGCCCAAGGCGAGGUUGUUGGCCUCGCAGGUAUCGGCCUCGGUGGUAACGUUGAUGUCCACAAGAUUGCUGCUGCCAAGGCGAUGCAGAUGGGCGGUCCCGGCGGUGGUUCGGGUCAAGGGCAGGUAACUAACAUGCCGCCCAGCCCCAAGCUUCCCAUGCACGGAGGGCCAAGCCCGGUGAAUGGUGUUACCCCUGUUCCCGUUCCUGUUCCUUCACCUAUCCCGGCUGCACAGCAACAACAGCAACCGCAGCAGCAGCAACCACCACCACAACAGUCUCAGGUACAAACGCAGCAGCAGCAGCAACAGCAGCAAAUGAUGUCACAACCACAGCCUCAGCAGCAACAGCCGCAGCUACCCCAAAGCGGCGGACCUAGUCCAGCUCCUCCCGCACAGCAAGGUUUUAGACCCCCUUCUGCAUAGGAGCAGAUGUGGAUGAAUCCAAUGAACGUUAGGAAUGGGUGGUGAAACUGUGGUCGAUAGAUGUUGAGACGGCGGGGGUGAAUAAGUGUACGAAGGUGGAAGAAGGAGAAGGAGAAGAAGAAAGGAAGAAGAAGGAAGGAUACGAAAAAAAGAAGAAGGAAGGAAGGAAGGUCACAAAGUUUAGAUCAAGCUUGUUUAGUAGUAGUAGCACAUUGAUUGCUUACGCACAUAAAAGCGCUUAUCCAAUAUUCGCGCUGGGUCUCUUUUUUUU